AUGGAAGGUUUUCUUGUUUAUUUUUGGAAUAUUUCACAUUUUAGAUAUUUUUCAGGUGAUAUGAGCCAAUCUUUCCGGUCCCUGGCGAGCAAAAUCGUCUGUAUUGGCAGGAAUUAUAAAGAUCAUGCUUUGGAGCUCGGAAAUGCAAUUCCGAAGAAGCCAAUGUUGUUCUUGAAAGUUUGAUUUUUGAGUGAUUUUUUGCGAAAUUGUAUUUUUUAGUCUUCGAACGCUUUCGUCGAAGAAGGACAACCGAUUUUGAUCCCUCCGGGUUGUCAGAACCUUCAUCAAGAAGUUGAACUUGGUGUUGUGAUUGGCAAGAAGGCGAAGGUGAGCUUCUUAGAAAGGGAAUAAAAUAGAGAAAUGGACAAUUUUUCCAGAAUGUCGCCAAAAAUGAAGCGCUUUCGUACGUGUCUGGCUACACGGUUGCCCUGGACAUGACCGCUAGAGAUUUUCAGGUGUUGAAAUAAAACGUUUCAUGAAACAUUUUGAACAAAUAGUAUGAUUAGGACGAGGCGAAGAAGGCCGGGGCUCCUUGGUUCUUGGCCAAAUCUUUCGACACUUCCUGCCCCGUUGGAACUUUCAUCCCCAAGGAGAAGGUGGGAGUUAGAAAAAUGUCUCAGCUGCAGUUAAUUGUUAAGAAUGGACAAUGGAGAGUAGUGAAAAAAAUAAUGCUUUUUUUCAAGUUUCGCGAUAAUUUUUUUAUGAAAGUCUUUUUUUCCAGGCUUAGUUUUGGUUUUGAAUUUGUUUUUUGAAAGUUGUUGAAAAUCGACUGAUUUCCUUUAAAAAAAGUGUGCUAUAAAUUGAAUUGAAGUGUCCAAGGACUUUUUUUAAACAAGUAAAAAAAAUAGGCGUUCAAGUUUUACUUCAAAAACAGGUUCUAAAGCUUUCACACAAUCGUGUUUCCUCAUAAAAUUGAAUUUUCUGAAAAAUUGUCCUCAAAUUUGAGAAAAAACCUGCGCUUUUUUUGUGAAAAAGUAGCAGUGAAAUGAACAAAUAGCAUGAUUACCUCAUUUUUCAGCUUCCAUGUCAAUUUAUAAACCAAUAAUUCCUGUUAGAAUUGUUUUUUCGAAAUUCGUUUUUCCUGAUUUUUUUUUUCAAGGUUUGUUUUUCAACUUAUAAUUGUAGAUCAACGAUCCACAUGACGAGGAGUUGUACUGCAUCAUCAACGGUCAGGAGAAGCAGAGAUGUCGGACAAACGUGAUGAUUUUCGACAUCCCCACGAUCAUCGAGUACAUCACCCAAUUCGUCACGUUGGAGCCGGGAGAUUUGGUCCUGACCGGAACGCCGGCUGGUGUAUCUAGAGUUAGUUUUGCUAAGAAAAAAAGUCUGGAAGGGAAAGGGGUGUGAUAUAAGUGGUGACUUUAGGGUUUUUUCAAAAAGUUGUGGAUUUUUUUUUCUUGUAAUAGGUCAGAAAACUUUCGGUUGAACUAUAUAAAACCCUGAAAGUCUAUGGUUUUUUAGUUAUUGGUCAUUGGCAUAUGAGUUUUGAGGGAUUUUAUCUUGACCGGAACGAAGAUUGGUGUUUUUAGAGUUAGUUUUACUGUACAAGUUGGAAAUGAAAGAGAAUCGGAAUAAGUGGUGACUUUAGGGGCAACGUGAGCUUUUCUAGAAGAACUAUGGAUUCAAUUAAGGGGUAGCCUUAGGGAUUUUUGAGAUUAUAUAGAUUUUUUUCGUCUUGUAUUUUUGGUCAGAAAUCUUUCAAAUAUAUCAGAUAAGAACUCUGAAAGUCUAUAGUGUUUUUCCAUGUGAAUUUUGCGAAUUAACCUCCUUUUUUUAAUUUUUCGUUUUUUUAAAAAGCUUAUUGAUGACUUUAUCUUGACCGGCCAGUUUUCUAGAGUUGGUUUUUCUGAAAAUUUCCGGAAAGAAAAGGGAUUUGAGAUCAAGUAAUGUUUUAGAGGUAACCGGCCUGUUCUUUAGGAUUUUUGAACUCUUAACUUCAUUUUUCGCAUUUUUAUUUUCAAAUUCCUGAUAUCCCUUCUCAAUGACUGCUAUUAGAGUCCUGGUGGCUUGAUCUAGACUCCUUUAGUGACCACCUAAUUUUAACUUCUGUAGUGACCACUUAAAUAUCGAUUUUCAGGUCAAUAGCGGCGACGUGAUCGAAUUCGGCCUCAGCGGCAAGCUUCAAGCCAAAUUUCAUGUACAAUAG